UAUAUAUAUAUAUAUAUAUAUAUAUGAGGUUUUACCAUGGCGAGCCUAAGACUUAAAAAACUAAAAAAAACUUGAACAAAUAGAAAAACUUUUUGAAUGACAGAAAAGAAUAUUUGAAAACAGGUUUCAUAUAGUCAAAUUCAUAUGUAUCAUCAGUAUCACGUGAUUUAAGAUGGCUCCUCCCAGCGAAUAAAAUUCCUCCAAAUGAUAAUUCAUAUCAUGCACACAACGUUUGUUUAAAAGGAGAUUUUGCAAAAACCUUUUACAUCACAUGAGGAUGGGGAUUUUCUGACAUCACAUGAGGGUGGAUACUUUCUGACAUCACAUGAUGGUGGGGAUCCUCUGACAUCACAUGAGGGUGGAUACUUUCUGACAUCACAUGAGGGUGGGGAUCCUCUGACAUCACAUGAGGGUGGAUACUUUCUGACAUAACAUGAGGGUGGAUACUUUCUGACAUAACAUGAGGGUGGGGAUCCUGACAUCACAUGAGGGUGGAUACUUUCUGACAUCACAUGAGGGUGGAUACUUUCUGACAUCACAUGAGAGUGGGGAUUUUCUGACAUCAUAUGAGGGUGGGGAUUUUCUCCAUCACAUUAAGGUGGGGAUCCUCUGACAUUACAUGGGGGUGCAUCUACCCUACAUAUACCUCUACAAUGUCUAAGAAUACAUGAAAUAAGUUAAUGAUUAGAUUUACAUGGACUUAUGAAUAUUUCUAGAGCAUGAAUAAACAAUCAAAAGUCACACCCUGUAAGGAACCGGUAUUUACUGAACCCACAACGGAGUUUUAAAAAAGCACACAUUGCCCAAUGUUUGAAUACUUCGUAUAAAAUGGCCGAGCUUCACACCCCUCUACUUACUUGACUUCAGGAUGCCAAAAGAAAUCUACUUGUAUCUGUGUUUGCUAUGUACAAGUUCCUUGGGUUUCAAGUUUUACCAAAAUAAAAUCCCUAAUGGUGAUUCCGUGCCACACCCUUGUAAGCCUAAUUAUCUCUGGCAUGGAGUAGGUCACAGGAACGAACUUGGAGGCGGAUCAAGGAAUCCUUUUGGCGAGGAUUUUGACGCUGCUGGAAAGACUUGGACUCGUGAAUUAUGUAUGAAGGACUCGGACGGGGACGGUAUAAGCAAUGGAGAGGAACUGGGGGAUCCGGACUGUGUGUGGAGAGAAAAUACGAUUCCGGAUAAAAACGCUUUCUCACAUCCUGGUGUAUGUGAACCAUACGAUAGCGCCCGCUGUAGGCCAAUGAACGCCUGGGUACAGUGUGAAAUUGAAGAUUUCCAAUGUGACAGUAUCAAUGCACCAGGCGUGAAGAACGUUACUCUGCGGUAUCCCGAAACUGCCGUGCCCAAUCUGGAAACUAACUACUUCUGUAUGACCUUUGAACUUCCUCAAGAUGGUGACUAUCAUAUGAUUGCCACCCAGCCAUACAUUGACAAUGAAUACGUCAUGCACCACAUCCUUCUGUACGGAUGUGACGAAUCAGUUACCAAGGCUGACACGGUUGCUACCUCGUGCGGUAUGGGAUCGGGGAAUUGUCGGACGAUCAUCGGGGCUUGGGCCGUGGGUGUCAAGGGGGAGUGUGCACACGAAGAUGUGGGAUUCAGGAUUGGACAACAUGGCUUCAAAUACGCCAUGAUGCAGUUUCACUGGAACAACGUCGAACUGCGUUCUGAUUACGUGGACAGUUCUGGAAUGACGCUGUUCUAUACUCCAGACCGACGCCCUAACGACGCCUCGACCUUGAUGAUAGGUCAAAAUUACUUAGAAAUCCCACCGGGUAAAGACCGCGUGGAGGCAGAAGCCGUUUGUAGUGCAGAGGAUACCUGGAUGGCCUUUUCGGGUCCUGUUUACGUCACAAGGGCCCUCAAUCACAUGCAUUAUCUAGGAAGGGAAGAAUAUAUUGAUCAUUACAGAAACGGGGUCAAAAUCAACAGCUUCACGAACGAGCCCGACUACAGCUACGAUCGACCUAGAUUUCUAGAGUACAACACUGCAAUUGAAGUGAGGCAAGGGGACGAACUCAGAACCAAAUGUGUGUACAAGUCUUCAUCGAAAUCCAGAACUACUUUUCAAGGCGACGCGACUUCCGACGAGAUGUGUUUCGGUUUUCUUACAAUUCAUCCAAUCACGAAUGUAAGAAUUUCGACGUGUACAAGCUGGAAAAGUCUUUCUAUGUUAAAAUUUUAUUCAAAUGAAGUCAUCAACAACUGCGAUAGAAAUAUCUUCUCAAACUCCUCCCAUCCGUACAUGAAGGAAACAUACCAAAAGAUCAACACUCGCUGUCAGCCAUUAUCAAAAUGUCUAGAGGAAUGUAAGGAAGCGGUCAAAGAAAUCAUGCGACAUCCUUGUAUGCAGGGCGACAUUAAAGAAGUUAUGAAAUGGGGGGCCAGAUUGUCAACAGACGUUGAGGUUCUGAAGUUCUACUCAAGGAUCGAGUCAUGUGACCUUCAGCUACUGCAAGAAGAAUUUGCCGCACAGAUAAACCGAGAUGACACUAACAGUGGAUGUAAAGCUGUUCCACGGCUAUUUACACUCGUUACAUUUGUCAUUUUGUUGUCCUGGUUUUAAUGAAAAGUCGAUGAUAACCAUGUUGUACUAUAACAGAAGACAAUCAAAUAGGAAAUAAUAAAAUCUUUGCAAAUAAA